AUGAACACUAAUUUUCACACACCUCUGGACCACCAACUGGGCACCAUCCUGUUGGCAACCCUCUUAGGAACGGCGCUGGUGGGGGAGGCGACCAUCACCACAGCCAGCAUCACCACCAGUCUGAGGCACAUCCACUCCUGCACCACCACCACCACCACCACCACCACCACCACGGGACGGAGGGCCCUCGCAGCAUGGCCCACGUGGAGCAGCAAGUCAGCUCUGCAGGGUAUGGCCAGCAGUGAGAGCGAUUCCAUCUUCUCCUCUCCCUCCUCCCCCUCCUCCUCUCCCUCCGCCACGCCCUCCACGCCCGCCACGCCCUCCCCCACAUUGGACGACUGCAUGGACGACAGCGGCUACCAGGACUGGAUGGAGAUGCAGCUGGGAGUGACCGGGGAGAUGACGGUGGUGGAGAGACUGCAGUACCUCCUCGACACGGGACAGUUUGCUGAUAUCAAUAUUCGUGUGGGUCAGGGAAACAGUGCUACUCUGUUCAAGGCUCACCGUCUGCUGCUGGCCACGGCAAGCCAACCCCUGUAUCGCCUGGUGCAGCAAGGCGUCCCCAGUCCCGGCACCGCAGACAUGUUCACCCUCAGAAUCACCGACAUGAAACCCGCGGACUUUGAGAGCAUCUUGAAGUACAUCUACACGGACCGGGUGGAGUGUGAGAACAUCAACGUGGCGUUCGGUCUGCUCCGCGCCAGCAGGAAGUGGGGCCUGGCGGGGCUGGGCAUCAAAUCCUUAACCUACCUGGAGGAAUUUGUCGACAAUUUUACGCCGACCACAGACGACGCUAAAGACAACCUGUUCGACCUCCUGGCCCUGUCUGAGGAUACCCUGUCUGACCUCAACUCCAAGUGUUACCAGAUCGUUUUAAAACACGCGGAGGACCUCAUACCGUGCCGCGGCUACCUCAACCUAGACAAGGCUAUGGUUGAAAAAGUCAUCUGCCACCCGGGUCUGAAAAUUGAGGACCAGCUUAAGCUUUUCGAGGCCAUAAGAGACUGGGGCCUGCAUUACCUUGAACAGCAGAACCUUCCCCUCUCCGCCCUGGGCACAGCUGUGGAGGAGAUCAUCAAGGUGGUGGACUUUGAGAAGAUUACAGAUGCAGACUUCCUGAGCACUGUCCUGACCUCUGAGUGUCUAGGCAAGGCAGAGGUCAUUGCUUUCUUCAUGACUCACGGCCUAGAGAUCCCCCGCAAACUGGACUUCAAUAAUAACAAAGAGCUCCCUUUCUGGCUUACAUUUUGCGCCACCAGCGGAAAAACAAAGGGAGGAACCGCAAAGGGAGGAGGACGCGGCUCCAAGCGCUCCUCCACCUCCUCCUCCUCCUCUUCCUCCUCCUCCUCCACCCUCGCCCCAGUUAGCGAGGGUCUCAACAGCAUCUGCUCCCUCACUCAGAACGGCGCUGUGAUGGAGUUCAACAAGGUGUGUCGCUUCAAGAAAGGCUACAGGUGUCCGCCCAAUGAGAUCUACAUGCAACACGAACUGAGGUUUCGAGUGGAUAAGAACGUGAAGCUCCUGGGAGUGAGUUUCGGCUUUCUGUUCACGCCCACAGACAUGGGGCUCAACAUUCACUGCCAGGGACCGUGGGAGACGCGACAGUGGACAGAUAUUAUUCAGUCGUACGUGCGUGUGUCGGGCGAGAAACAGGAGACAGCUGACGUGCGCCUUAUGUUCCUGCACCCCGUCAGGAUAGAAGCCAACCAAAGCUACAAGGUUGUGGUGAAGAUGGUGCGGAUGAGUCACGGCAGCAACGAGGUGGAGCUGUGGGGCGGCACGGGCGGCGUGCGCUGCGUGGAGACAGAGGACGCGGAGUUCCACUUCAUCAAGGCGGCGGUGGACCCAGACAAGCCCGUGGAGGAGUCUGACGGUGACACCGCCGCGGGGGUCAUCACGGCGCUGCUCUACCGCCUGGACACCGACGAGCCUGACCCGCCGCCCCCCUCCAUCAGGCGCCGCCGCCCCGUGCAGACCGAGGAGGAAGCCGCCCCCGUGCAGACCUCCAACCCCUGGCGCACACGCUCCCGCCCCGACUCCCUCAGGCUGCCAGACACGCCCUACGCCAGGAAGCGCUCCCCCGCCACGGACGACGCCAAGUCCAUCGAGGCGCCGCCCCCCGUCAGGAGGAGGGAGCGGCCGCCCCAAGAGGAGUACGUGCCUACCACCUUCUCCACCAACCGCUGGAGGAUAAGACCCAAGGAGGAGAAGGAGGAGAAGCCCUCCAGUGACGACUACCUACCCAGCAGCUUCUCCACCAACCGCUGGACCAGGCCGCGCCCCAGGGAUGACGCCACCGACACCUCCAAGACUCAGAGUGAGCGCGCCAAGCCCUCCAGCGACGACUACCUGCCCAGCACCUUCUCCACCAACCGCUGGGCGCGCGCCCGCCCCAAGGAGGACGCCGCCGACACCCCCAAGGCGCAGGCCGAGAGGAAGACCUCCGCGCCCGACGACUACCGGCCCAGCAGCUUCUCCACCAACCGCUGGGCGCGUCCCAGCGAGGACAAGGCGGAGAGGAAGACCUCCGCCCCCGAGCAGACCACCUCCUCCUUGUCCUCCUUCUCCUCCCCCUCCUCCUCCUCCACCUCAUCCUCCUCUCCCGCCGCCACCACCACCACCACUACCACCACCACCACCUCCACCUCCACUAGCCGCUGGCGGAGCAGACCCAAGGAAGAGAGCUCCACCACCACAGACGCCACCCGCAGGAUCUCCACCGAGGAGAACAAGUGGAGGACGCGGCCCCAGGAGGACGCCAAGGACACGCCCUUCGGCACACGCGUGCGCCCCACAAGGAAGGUGGAGGAGACUCCCUCCAACCACCCCUUCGCGCGGCGCCGCGAGUCGCGGGAGACAAGCUCUGAGAUCCCCUUCUAUCUACGGAAGACUGAGGACCCCAAGCCCCCCACCACCCCCCUGGCCAGGAGCAGGUGGGGCACUUCCACAUCCUCCUCCACAGCUGGCUCCUCCACGCCCUCCUCCACCUCCUCCACCUCCACGUCAAGCUCUUCUAGCAAGCCCUCCGGGGAGACCACCUUCCACAGCAGGUUCCUGCGCUCCAGCGGCGCCUCGUCCUCGCCAUACACAUCCUCGCGCUUCGGCUCGGUGCGGGAGUCUUCUCUCACGCGCUCCUCGCUGCCGCGCUCCACCGCUGGCUCUUACCUCAGCAGGUACGACUCCCCUGCUGACUCUUCCUCCAACAGGGCCGCCGCCGCUGCCACCACCACCACCAGCAGCAGCAGCAGCAGCAUCAGCAGGGCUGGCGGCGAGGAGGGGCGCGCCUCCUCUCCAGCUGCCGCCCGGAAGAGCCUCCGCUACGGCACCGCCGCCACCAGCUCUGGCAGCAACCUGCUGGCACUCAGCUCCAGCUCCUUCGGCCUGGGUAGCGGCAGCGGCAGUGCCCGGGCCACGCCGCGGCGCGACGCUGCCACGCCCACAGGUAGUAGGGCCGCAGACAGGUACAGUGGCACCAGCACCUCCACCACCAGGUACGGUAGCAGCGGUACCACGCCGGGUAGUACUGGCACCAGCAGGUACAGCACCAGCAGCAGCAGCAGCAGCAGCAGGUACGGCAGCACGGGCAGCAGCAGCAGCCUGUACGGCGGCACGAGUGGCGUGGGCACCUCCAGCAGGUACGGCGGGGCGAGCUCUUCCCUCAGCAACCUGCCGCCCACGCCCUCGGCCACCGCCAGCAGGUACUCGUCCAGGAGCACCACGGACACGCUGAGUGGCGCGGGCCGGUACAGCAGCAGCGGCUCCUCCCUCGGCACCGGCAGGUACACGAGCGGCAAGUAUGGCUCCCCUGCCCCUGGCGACGCCUCGGCCAGCAGGGGCAGCGGCAUGUCGUCCUACACCAGGACCUCCUCGGGGGGCGCGGGGCAGGCCAGCAGGUACGGCCUGUCCGCCUCCUCCAGGUACUCCUCCUCCGCAGCCUCCUCAGGCAGGUAGACCCAGCCCCCAGGCAGGCCCCGAGGCAGUGAAUCUCGCCGCGCUCCGGCUGAGGGCACGGCAGGGCGGGAGGCAGUGUUGUUGGUUUGCUGUUAGCGCGGCAGACAGAGUGAAGGGUCUUGCCACAGCCACAGCACACAACACAGGCUUGUAGUGGUUUGUCUGUAGUGACUCAGCACCCCGUCACCAGUAAAUAAGCACUUAGGCUCCCACUACCCCAGUCACCAGUAGUCCCGGUGCGGAGGGUCUCCAGCACCGUGGUGAGCAGAGCCAGGCAGGUGACUCUUCAUUGGUAACAGUACAUAGGCCCUCUCCUCAGCUGAUUAUCCCUGUAUUACACAGCCAGGUAGCUGUAGACUGUGUGUGUGUGUGUGUGUGUGUGUGUGUGUGUGUGUAUGUGUGUGUGUGUGUGUGUGUGUGUGUGUGUGUGUGUGUGUGUGUGUGUGUGUGUGUGUGUGUGUGUUGCAACGUAAAUUCUCAACAGCUGAAGCAUAAACACCUGAACAUCUACA